UUCAACUGGCAGAUCAGAAAUGCCUUACCCACCCACCCAGAUGAUCUCUUUACAAGAUACCCUAAAUAUGUAAUGGCCAAUAAGAAUACUCUGUUUCUCUUUCAAACCCAUGGACCAUGUCCCCCUCCCAUCCCUUUCACUUCUACCCUUCUUCUUAUCCUCUGUAUAAUCUCUGCAUUAAACACACCACCCCCACUUUCUCUUUCUCCAUGAAUAUGCCCUCCAAUCCCACAUAUUAUGUUUCCUUUUAUAAUAAUAAUAAUAAUAGUGUGUAUGUAACUCCUGAGUUCUGGCGAAAUUGUUCUGAAAGACAGUGAACUUUUUUCACGUCACAGUUUUAAAUUAAACUUCGUAUUAAGAUGACUCAGUGUGUUCCUAGUUGGGAUGUUGAGGAUAAUUCGACCACGACGGUGACGAUUAAUGGCGUUGCGCAAUCCGGGUCUAGUUCUUUUGGGGUGGAUGUUCCUUCGUUGGACUAUGAAGUUGCGGAGUUGACGUGGGAGAAUGGGCAGUUGGCGAUGCAUGGAUUGGGGCCGCCGCGGGUGCCGAGCAAGUUGCUGGCGGCGGCGUCGGCGGUGAAGUAUACGUGGGAUAAGCCACGCGCCGGCGGGACGCUGGAGUCGAUCGUGAGCCAGGCGACUUGCAUGCCGGCGACGCACGGGAAGGGUGGUGGUGACGGGGGUAGAGGAGGGGGCGGCGGGGAGCUCGUGCCGUGGUUUGACCACCACGGCGGCGGCGCCGGGGAUAACCCCGCGGCGGCGGCGGCCUCCGUGACGGUGACUAUGGACGCCUUAGUGCCGUGCGCCAACAACAACAACAGCAACACUAACACUCCCGCCGCCACCGCACGCGUGGCGGGGUUCUCCGGUCUUGUGGGGUCGUGCAGCGGCGCCGGCGCCGCCACCCGGGAAGCCAGUUUAGCACGUGUGGGUGGCGCCGCCGCCCACGACUGGAGCAACAGAGGCGCCGACCAGAUGAGCAUGAGCGGAAGCGCCACCUACGGCCGGGAUAGCCAGCAGGUGACAAUUGAAACGACGUACGAUAGGGAUUUGGGUACCGAAGCCUACACCUCCGCCUCCAUGGGCUCGCCGGAAAACACCAGCUCCGAUAAACAGUGCACAAAUAAGUCCAAUGAUGACAAUGAUCACUCCGUCUGUCACAGCAGAUCUCAGAGGGAAAUUGGUAGUGAUGAUGAAGACAAGAAGAAAGGAAAUGGGAAAUCCUCAGUGUCAACAAAAAGGAGCAGGGCUGCUGCUAUUCACAACCAAUCUGAAAGGAAAAGAAGAGACAAGAUUAACCAAAGGAUGAAGACGUUACAGAAGUUGGUUCCAAAUUCUAGUAAGACGGAUAAGGCUUCGAUGCUGGACGAAGUGAUAGAAUAUCUGAAGCAGCUUCAAGCGCAAGUGCAGAUGAUGAGUAGGAUGAACAUGUCGCCGAUGAUGUUCCCGUUGGCAAUGCAACAACAGCUCCAGAUGUCGAUGAUGGCGCCGGCCGCCGCCGCCGCCAUGGGAAUGAACAUGGGGAUGGGAAUGGGUGUGAUGGACAUGAACAGCGUUGCCGCCGCCGCCGGCCGUUCCAACAUCCCCGGAAUCCCUGGUCUCCUCCACCCGGCAGCUGCUAGCGCCGCCGCCGCCGCCUUCAUGCCCAUGGCCGCCUGGUGGGAGAACUCCCUCGAUCGCAUGCCUACCGCCGCCGCUUCUUCCAUGAUGCCUGAUCCUUUAACCGCAUUUCUUGCUUCCCAAUCUCAGCCAAUGACAAUGGAUGCUUAUAGUAGGAUGGCAGCUUUAUACCAGCAGUUUCAACAAGCCCCGGGUGGUACCAAAAAUUGAGUUUUGAAACUCAACGCAUACUCUCGAAUAGCAGCUGCAAUUUUCUCAACUCAUCAUUAAAAAUUUAAGUUUUUAUUUUUGAAAAAAGAAUUUUAGUAGCUGAAUUGAUCUGAUUAAGUUGAAGAAGAUCGGUACGUGUGAUUAAAGGAAGCAAUAUAUAUACUUAAGAAUUGCGUAGGUUGUUACAAGGCUAGUUUCACUCAUCGCGGUUGUGGGAUUUCUCGUAAAUUAAAGAAUUGUGUAGGCUGAGACUGUAUAUUCAUCAGCUCUAGCUAACCCUAUCAUGAAUAUUCUUUAAGAUUACAUUGUUGAGUUCAAUAAUGGUUGUAUAAAAGAUAUUUGAUGAUGACAAGUCAUAUUUACAUUA